CACGUAGAGAAUAGGCAACAUACUCCAAUGUCAAAUAUGUCAGAGAGUAGUAGGUAAAUGUUUUAUCUCAGCCUAACCGCUUAAAAGAAAGUAAACGCGAACAUUUUCUUCAAUUUAUUUAAUCAGCAAUCGCCUUUAGCUUCUAAAAAGGUAUUCUAAGGCGUGUGUUUUUUUUAUUUAACUUUUUUGUUUCUUUCAAUGCUUCCUAGAUUAGUAAAUGCAUUGCCAUUUGGGCUAUCUCAAAGAAUAACAAAACUUUAUUUUCAAGCUUUAGUGUGGAAUCAACGCGGUACACAUAGUGAACAAAGUAGUCAAGAUUUUAAAGCAAUGGACGUGAAAAUUCUGCCGGCUUUGCAAGAUAACUACAUGUACUUAAUAGUAGACAAAGAAACCAAAGAAGCUGCAAUUGUAGAUCCAGUCGAACCUAAGACUGUAUUAAAAGCUGUUGAUGAACAUGGAGUCAAGUUAACUACGAUUCUAACAACGCAUCAUCACUGGGAUCAUGCAGGAGGUAAUGAAGAUUUGGUAAAACUACAUCCGGGCUUAGAAGUGUAUGGCGGAGAUGAUCGUAUCACUGCCCUGACUAAGAAAGCUGAACACAAUACUAAGUUUAACAUUGGGAAACUAAAUAUUCAAUGUCUAUUCACACCAUGUCAUACUUCUGGACAUAUUUGCUAUUACGUGACUGCACCUGACGACAAUAACGACUCUGCAGUGUUUACUGGUGAUACAUUAUUUUUGGGUGGAUGUGGGAGAUUUUUUGAAGGUACCGCUGAACAAAUGCACAAAGCACUUAUUGAAGUUCUUGGCCAGCUUCCAGACAGCACAAAAGUUUUCUGUGGUCACGAAUACAGCCUUCAGAAUUUGAAAUUUGCAGCUCACGUCGAACCGGAUAAUGAGGAGAUCAGAAAGAAAAUUACCUGGUCUCAAAGCAUGAGAGAAAAAAACAUGCCAACAGUGCCUUCGACAAUAUCUGAAGAAAAACUGUACAAUCCAUUUAUGAGAGUCACAGAGUCAUCGGUAAUGAAACAUGCAAAAAAGAAUGAUGCCAUUGAAACUAUGAGAGCCAUUCGCUUAGAGAAAGAUAACUUUAGAGGUUAACAAAAAUGAAAGUUGAUUUUUUCAUUUUUUCUAAUAUAUAUACUAUUGUUAAAAAUUAUAUGCUUGUUUAUAAUAAAUAAAAAAAACUUUUAAUAUAUAAAAAUCUAUAUUUAUAACUUAAUAUUAAAGCUGAUGAUCACAAAGGAAUUAAUUGCUACUGUUUAUCGACUGUAACUGUCAUUGUUCUUUCUUAAUGUAAGCUGACAUUUCCUCUGCAUAUUUUUCCUUUGAUCUUUCGAACAUUGCAACAUAUACCUGCAAUAUAAUAGUAAUAAGUAUUUUACUAUACAUAGAUUUUAGAAGCUUGUAAAAUGGAAAUAGCUUAGUGUUAAGAUUUUUUAUUAAAUAAAAACCAGUUUUUUAUGAAA